AUGCUCUUCAGGCAUUGGUCUCUUUUCCUGCCUCGGCUCACCUCCGAGCCUGCAAAGCUGAACGGGGCCUAUACGCUGAUGCGACAGCAGCGCAACCCUGGCUUCUUUGACCAGCUGCGAGAGAAGCUGCAUCAGAUUCUGCAAGACUGCGACAUGCUGCAUGUUUCCGGUCAGGCGUGCUCCGUCGAAGGUGGGCUGGAAAAGGUUCUGAACGUGGUGCUGCAGUCUCUCGUUUUUGCGAUGGGAUUUUUGCAGAACCGGCAGUUCCACAAGGCCUUUGUGCUGGGCGAGCUCUGCGUGCAGGUCUCGGACCAGCUCGCCGACGCUGAGAGCACGGUGGACUUGACCUUCUGGCGUCUGUUAUGUCGCGUCUACCUCGGCGGCGCCUAUCUUCAGCUCCGAAG